AUGGAUGAGAUGGUUGAACAAUAUGGCAAAGAAUUAAAAUAUGGGAAUGAUGUAGCUGAUACAAUUUUGUUCCCUCAAUUACCAUCCUUGACAUUACAACAUCUACCAAAGCUGCUAAACGUCUGUUCAGAAGUGAAGGUACUGCCUUCCAUUUAUGUAAGCAUGAAAGAAUUGAGGUCAACUCAAGUAAAGUCUGAGGGAAUUUGUUUGGAGGGUGAACCGGGUACUCACAUACUGCUUUCCAGCAAACAGGAGAUAUGGCAUGGCCAAAUUCCACCCAAGUCCUUCUGCAACCUCCACUCACUACAUGUGGAGAAUUGUGCAUCACUAUUGAAAGUCUUGCCAUCCUAUUUGCUACGCAGCUUACAAAAUUUGGAAGUAGUAAUUUUAAAAAACUGUGAUAUACUAGAAGAAGUAUUUGAUCUUGAAGGUCUAGAUGUUAAUAAUGAACAUGUUCGGCUGCUCUCUAAGUUGACAAAAUUAAGCUUAAUUGGUCUUCCUAAGUUGAGGCAUAUAUGCAACAAGGACCCUAGAGACAAUUUGUGCUUCCAAAACCUGAAAUGGCUGAAUGUGGACAACUGUGGCAGCUUGAGAAACCUUUUCCCUUCUUCUAUGGCCUCAGAUCCUAUGCCACUUGGAGGUGUAGAAGUGAUGGCUACAGGCAGUAUCAUAUUUCCUCAAUUAACCCACCUUUCAUUGGAGUCUUUGCCCAACCUAACAAACGUCUAUCCAGGAUGUCAUUCUCUACAACAGCUUGACCAUGGAAACCUUGAUAUGCCCUUUGGAGUGCUUUUCAAUGAAAAGGUAGCAUUUCCUAGCUUGGAAUUAUUAAAUAUCUCAGGCCUGGAUAAUGUGAAAAAGAUAUGGCAAAAUCAACUUCUUGAAGAUUCCUUUUCCCAACUAAAAGAGAUUAGAGUAGCAUCCUGUGGAAAAAUGCUGAAUAUUUUUCCAUCCAGUAUGCUGAACAGUUUACAGAGUCUACAGCUUCUGAGAGUAGUGGACUGUAGUUCAUUAGAAGUGGUUUAUGACAUGGAGUGGAUAAAUGUUGAGGAAGUUGUAUCAGCCACUCAGUUGAGUAAACUGGUUUUAUAUUCUCUACCAAACCUUAAGCAUAUAUGGAAUAAGGAUCCCUACGGAAUUCUCACCUUUGAAAACUUAAUAUUAUUAGAAGUUGGUUAUUGUCAGAGUCUAAAAUACCUUUUUCCAGCCUCUUUAGUUAGAGACCUUGUGCAACUUCAGGACCUGCAGGUAUCAUCUUGUGGGGUAGAGGAACUUGUUGCAAAAGAAAAUGGACCGGAGACAGCUCCUAGGUUUGUAUUCCCUGUAAUGACCUCUCUAAGACUGACGAAUCUGCAACAAUUCAAGAGUUUCUACCCUGGGACACAUACUUCAGAAUGGCCUUUAUUGAAAAAGCUGGAGGUGCGUGACUGUGAUAGAGUGAAGAUAUUUGCUUACAAAUUUCCAACAUUCCAAGAAAUACAUAUGGAGAGCAAUGUUGACAUCACAAUUCAACAGCCACUUGCCUUAUUCGAGACGGUUGCAUUUCCUAAUUUGGAGGAAUUGACAUUGGAUAGUAACAGUGCCACAGAAAUACAGCAAGAGCAAUUUCCAGUGGAGUCCAUUUGCAAACUUAGAGUUCUCAAUGUACUGAGAUAUGGAGAUAAUUUGGUUGCAAUUCCAUCCUUUAUGCUUCAUACGCUACAUAAUCUGGAAAAACUCAAUGUGAGAAGAUGUGGUUCAGUCAAAGAGGUUGUACAGCUUGAAGAACUUGUUGAUGAGGAAAGUCAUGCCAUGGCACUUGCUAAGUUAAGAGAAGUGCAGCUGCAUGACCUACCUGAGCUGGCGCAUUUGUGCAAGGAAAACUUCAAACGAGGCCCUCGUUUUCAAAAUCUUGAAACUCUUGAAGUAUGGAACUGUGACCGUUUGAUAAGUUUGGUACCAAGCUCAGUGACAUUCCAGAACCUAGCAACUUUAGAUGUAUGGUCUUGUGGCAGUCUGGUUAAUUUGCUACCACCAUCAACAGCUAAAAGUCUGGUGUAACUCAAAAACCUCAAAGUAGGUGGAUCGGAUAUGAUGAAAGAAGUAGUUUCCGGAGGAGGAGGCGAAGCAACAGAUGAGAUUGCUUUUUGCAAAUUAGAACACAUUGCACUUGUUUGUUUAGCAAACCUCACAAGCUUCUGUUCAGGAGGCUAUACUUUCACAUUCCCAUCCUUGGACCAUCUGGUAGUGGAAGAAUGCCCGAAGAUGGAAGUUUUCUCUCAAGGCUUCUCAACCACACCAAGGCUAGAGAGAUUAGAUGUGGCAGAUAAUGAAUGCCAUUGGGAAGGUGACCUCAAUACCACCAUUCAAAAGUUGUUUAUACAGCUGCAUGGUUGAGGGAGAAGUUUCUUGGUUGGAAUAGCUAAAAACAAGGAAAAUGAAAGGGCUUGUUCUGAAGAAGAGUUCACAGCUAGAAGAGAUUUGUAGGAAGGCAAAUGUGGUCCUAGAAGCAGAUAGAGCAAUGGAAUAUGAGCUGUCCAUGGUUUUUUGUCCUUGAAUAAAUUGAGCAUCAAGUUGCCUAGGUUAAAGAGGAAGGUUUUAUCUGGAAAUAAAUACUUGAAACAGUUGAGAAACAGUUAGUAGCAUGUGAGAAAGAGAGUUGGUUGGAGAAACAAUGUUGGGUGUUUUCUCAUAUUUGUAUUGAUUCUUUGUUCUAUUAUAUCCCUCAUUAUUUUUUGAUGGCUGUUUAGGAUGAUAAUUGAU